GUGUUCUGGAGGGGAUAUGUGUGUAUAUUUGCAUUUAAUCGUGAUUGAAAGGAAAAGCAUUCUCCACAUGCCCAUGUAGUCUCUUAGUUAUUGCUUCCUUCGUUGUGUCCCGGCAUUGUAAACUGACUGAGGCCUGGCUCAAUCGCUGCCGUGUAUCUUCUCAAUAGGAACUCAUCACCAAAUCAACAGCAAAUGCAACGCCAGUUCAUCACGGAGGCCUAUAGAACGGUUUGACAGAACUGCAGGGGCUCCUUCCCCCCCCCCGAUCCCAACCCCGCGAGGUGCUGGCCCUGGUACAACACAGCACACAACAAGACACUCUCUAGCCACAACUGAGCCAUUGCCAUGUAGCUUGCAUAGGCGGCGACGGCUGCUGUCUCUCCCCCCGCCCCCGGGCUACGGACUCUGUAACUGUACAACAAUCAGGGUGGUGGCUGCUGCAGCUGCUGAGCAGCCCUUUUGACUUGCUAGCGAAUUUAACCCUAGCGAAGUAGCUGCAGCCCGACACAAGCUCAGCCGUACCGCUUGGUACCUUUUAUUUUAUUUUAUUUUUUUUAAGUAGUCGCUGAGAAAACAAUACAGGAAGUGACAAGCCUAUUUCCUCUCUCUGGGAGGACCAGUCCACAGCACUGUAGUUUCAGCAGGGGAGUCAUUAUACAGCCUUUGCAAGAGGUCUGACUUCGUCAGGGACACACACAACGGGCGGCUUGGAAACGAGGGCUUAAGCUUAUUAGCCAGGGAAGGGAUUGUGGCAGAAGCCAUCUCUGGUGACUAAGGAAACAAAGAGCAAAACUAAAGGAAUUUGGAUAUCUGUGCAUUUCAAAGAGGGUGAAGACGUUAAAGCAUUUCUUGUCAAGCUGUCCAUUUUGUAAAACAGAUUGGAAUUGGUUCUAUUGAACCAUUCUUCUGGGAAAAUGCACUGAAUCAGAGGCUGUGCCUAAUAUGGCUGAUUGUGACCUUUACCUCUACUGGAAUGGACCCCAAUGCAUGACUUCGUUACCAUGGUGAUGAUCUUAACUACAACUCUGGAAAACAAAGGUGCUGAUUCUAUAUCAUGCAGGGCUGAGUUGCACACUCCAAAGAAGAUGAGUCAAGGACCCACUCUUUUUUCGUGUGGAAUUAUGGAAAAUGACAGAUGGAGAGAUCUCAACAGGAAAUGUCCCCUUCAGAUCGAGCAGCCAAGCACCAGCAUUUGGGACUGUCUGCCUGACAAAAGUGAAGAAAGCUCCAUAUGGCAGAGAGAGGCAGUUAGCACAUGCUCUGUGACUAACUUAAUCAAAGAUCUCAGUCUCAGUGACCGCAAUGGCAAUCCCUCAGCACCUCCCAGCAAACGUCAGUGUAGGUCACUCUCUUUUUCUGAUGAGAUGUCUAGCUGUAGGGCUUCAUGGAGGCCUGUAGGAUCAAAGGUCUGGACUCCUGUAGAAAAGAGACGGUGUUAUAGCGGGGGAAGUGUCCAGCGCUACUCCAAUGGAUUCACAACCAUGCAAAGAAGUUCAAGCUUUAGCCUUCCUUCCAGGUCAAACGCUCUAUCCUCAUCCUAUGACCAGUCCGGAUUUAGCAAUAGAUUUGGAGGUCAGCCAUGCCAAGGAAUGAGAAGGUCAGCAACUUCCGGACACUCAAGUGAUAUCUGGGGAAAUAAUCACAGUUCUGUAGAGGGUGGCAGGGUUGACAUCCAAAGAUCACUCUCCUGUUCCCACGAUCAGAUUUCUUUUUCGGAAUAUUGCCUGCCCUCAGCAAACAGCACACCCACUUCAACGCCAGAGCUGACAAGGCGCUCCAGUGGGCUUUCCCGAAGCCGAUCCCAGCCAUGUGUCCUUAAUGACAAGAAAGUUGGAAUUAAACGACGGCGGCCUGAAGAGGUAAAGGAGCAAAGACCUUCACUGGACCUUGCCAAGAUGACCCAGAAUUGUCAGACUUUUAACAGCCUUAGCUGCCUUAGUACCACGGCGGAUGACUGCUCUCAGCUGAAUCAGUUCUCACCUGGCAUCAGCAGCACCAAGUCGUGGACAACGACAUCUCUUUGCCCCUUGGACGUCAUGCCAGGCAGGACACCAGCCUGCACCCCUGUGCCAGAGCCACAUUCAAAUAUAGAAGAAUGUAAAACUAGCAAAGAAGAUUUCUCCUAUGAAGAAUUGGAGUUUUGUACCACAGAAGAUGAGAGCAAUAGGAAAGAAGAGGAAAACUCCUCAUGGAGGAACAGUGGGACAGGAGGGGGUAAUGUCUUUCAGUUGGAUGGUGAAUUAGAUAUUGAGCAAAUAGAAAACAACUAAGAACUCAAAACGGAAUGAUCUGUCUGCAUCAAACCUUUUAGGAGUGGUAAAUCUCACAGAUGUAAAUGCAGGCAGGAAAGAAAAUCCACAUUCUCCUUCUCCUUGACAGGUGGGAGAAGACAAGAAACUUUGCCAAAAUUUCAUCAGGUAUCUUGUUAAACCUUGAAACUCUUUUAGAACUACUGUAGCCCAUGAGGUUUUGCAAACAAGCUUUAGUGAAAGCCCCAAAUUAUAUCAGCACAUUUUUUAAAAAAAAGCUUUGUGAAUGAAUCAAAACUUGAACUUUCAGAAUGUUAGAAGAACAGCAACUAAAAAUGUUUUUUGAGGUGUUUGGGACAGGGCUUAAGCGAAAAGUAAGGAAAGACCAGAAAGUCAGUUGCUGGUCUUCAUUCACAAAAUAGGUAACAUAACAUCUAGAGAGGCAGGUGGUUCAUCUUGUCUCAUGGGAAUCCUGAUCCACUUUGGCUUUUGGAAAAGAGUGGAAUAUUAAGGUGUUUUUGUUGAUGUUGUUGGCUGAUUUUGAUUCUAAACUGCACCUCAGAUAUUACAGGGGGGGAGCAUGGCGAUUAGCAUUGUAAUCUGAAUUCAUUUUAUGUUGGAUUAUCUUUCAGAUCCCAUAUCUGAUCAAUCUUACAAGGUCUCAUGACUUUACAGCCCAUUGCUGUAGUCACAGUAGCCUUUUAUGCUCUGUGUGCUUCAUUUUUUAUUCUGUAGUCAUCAGUAGAAAGCACAAUACAUUUGCCCUGAUCUAGCACAGCAAGAUCCAUAGGCAUAAGUUGGUUUCCAAGUGUACAACCAGUGCAGGUGUAUAUGAGCAUUUGGAUACACAUUCUUAUCAGUGCUGACUGGAUGCAUCUUGGGGCAAUGCACUACCUCAUCUGGGCCCUACUGGUUCUUAUGUGUAACAUGCAACUAGAGCUGGACUGACGCCAUUGUCUUGGGGAAAGGAGCAUUCAAAACAUUUGUGCAUCCAGAAAUUGAAAGAAGUGGCAAAGAUUGGCAGUGCUAUAUCCAUAAGGCUGAACUGGUGUUUUGGUUACAUCGUGUGAGACAGUGCAUAAGGAUAAUAUGAGUUAGUGAAUAAUGGAGGUUGUUGAGAUUAGCGCUGACAUCUAAAGAGGAUUAUAAAUGCUUUGCUUUUUUUUUGGAGUGAAUAACAUGGUCUCUUAACUGCAUUUUGUAUAGCUUGUCACCACCAUCACAACUGGCAUAUAGUAUAUCAUAUUUAUCAGCAGAAAUAAUUGAAGGUAGCAACUUGUUUUGCUUGUAUGACAUCACUUUGGGAUCAUUGUCACCUCCUAGGACUUAAAAAAGGCAAAACAGCAAUAAUAGGGAAUGCACAGCACCCCAUUACUUUCAAGUAAUUCCACCUUCAAAGAAAGGCAAAGUGCAUGUGCAGUGAUGUUACCACAGAUGCCAAUUAUGGGGUCUCUUUCCCUUAAGAUCCUUUCUUCCAUCUUUACUGCCCCAUGAAAAGGGUGUGGAUGAAUGUGGCCCUAAGGGCAGGAGAAAUUACCACCAACAGGUGUCUGUUGUCCAGUUUUCCCAGUAAUACAAGGAACCAUAACUUAAUAGCAAUCACAGGCAACCAAAUGUGUACCUGCUUGGUACUGUUAUCAACAUGGCAGAAAAAAUGUAGUGCACCCUUCAGUGUUCACAUUGAAGAGCCUCAGAACAAUCUGUUUUGUUGGAUGUUAGUAUGGAAUCCUUAACUGAGAUGUUCAAAAGCUGGGCUCCUAUUAUUUAUAUUUGCCCUUCUUUUCAAAGCCCUGAAACUCUAGGGGGUUAGCCCCAUUUUUUUUAGCUUGAUUAGCACUGUUGUUAUGAUCUGAGCAGGCUCAGUAUGUAGCAGGUAGAAUCCAUUAUCCAUUUUACAUUCUGCCCAGCAUUCUGCCCAGCCUUAGAACUGGCUUGUGUAAUAUAAUACCCCAUGAUAAUUAUUGGGGGGAGAGGAAUAUCAUCACCCUCCCUUCGUUACGGUAUUUUCAUAUUUUCCUCAGGCCUUGAUUCUGUGUUCACAUUGGCUCUGCAUCUUCCCUUUCAAAACACUCCAUUUUGGUUUUCUGCUAGUGGGGCUGUAAUACUCUUUUAUUGUAUUUUUAAAAUCUGCCCAAAAUUCUGUAUGCUGUAUAAUGUAAGCAUUUGGGGAAAUUCCAGGUUUGAGGGGGCCCUGGGCAAAGUACCUUUUGAUGGGCCCCCUCUCCCAUCAAUGGUACCUUUCCCCCACCCCCCAUUACGUGGCAGCAGCAAUCCAAGGGUUGUUGGAAGCUGCAUCUUAAACUCCCCACAAUUAUCUGGAGUUCCCAGCAUGGUGCCACUCCAGGACAUUGUGGGAAAUUUAAAUGGUGACACUUAGCAUGGUGGACCUCAGGCAAGUGACAGUGCUGGCAUGCUGUAUUGGGACCCUGGCAGCUGCCCUUGGAUACUAGGUGGUGACACAUAAUAGCCUACUAAGCAUAUUAGCAUGUACUUUUGUAGAAUGGAGCAAAGUACUGAGCCGGGGACUCGAGCGCCACCUUCUAACCACUGGAAACUGGAAAUUCUGCUCAGUCUCUCCUCUAGUUUCUGAGAUUUCAUCAAGUCUUGUGUGUGCAAGUGGGCAUGCUCACACACGCAAACACACUCACACUCUUAACCUACCUAUUUUCUUAGCCUUCAGAGCUAGAGAUGUGUGUUAUUUAAAAGAAAACUCAGGAAGUGCAGUUAUGUGCCCAGUGCCAAUCGGAGAACACCCAGAGCCCUAUCCAUAUAGAGACCACUUGUCACAAAUGCUGUACUGGCUUGUUGUUGAAGUUUCUCUUGGCCGUAGUCCAGCUUAUACUUUGUGGUGGCAAAAAAAUAGGUUCAGUUGUCAAACCAAACUGUGGUUUGGCAUAAUGCAAGCAAGCCUUGGGCUUCCAUGCUCCUCUUUGCCAUGCCAUCCUGCAUUAUGUCUUUUGCAGCAAAACAAUUUUGCUGUUACAUCCAAACCACCAGAUACAGUUUGCAUUUGCCCUCCACACUAGACAAAUUGAUUUUCAACUGCUGUUUGGACACAAAAACAUGGUUUGCAAGUUUAAAUUAAAUGACACAUUAUGUUUCUCCAUGAAUGAGGGAGGGAAAUCAGAGCAGGGGAGGAGAAGAGGUGAGGGUGCAAGCCCGAGGGUUGGUAUUACAUGUGAAUUGAGCCAUUCUGACAUUCCAGUCACAGGAACCUUCAGGCAAUAUGGAAGAUCUGUAGUGAUCAUAACAGAGACUGACAUGUAAAUGAUGACAAAUAACAAGGCAAGGCAAGAGAAGAGUUCUAGACUGAAUCUGGCCGCUAAUACAAUCUGGAAUCAAAGACAGGACUUCCUAGUAUACUACUGAUAGAAGGGGAACUGUCCAUAUACGUACACAGAUAUGGGACCUCCAUCAACAUGUUGCUUAGACAUACAAAUAAUACCUAUGCAGUGCAUCUUGGGGGUCUUUCAGCUAGGUGAGUCACAAAAGACCUGUCUUUGAGAUGCCGAUGUUUAGGUAGCAGCAUUCCAAAAUUCCCUUCCGCCUCUCUCAUUGAUAGUGGUGAACAAUACGUUGUACAAUUUAGCACACAUAACUCAGUUAAUAAGCUGUUUGCUUAUCUACAUGAAACCAAUGUUUUGUUUACCUAUGGGGGGGAUAAUGUAGAUGAUUUCUUUUAAUGACACCCUACUUUUGUUUUACUGCACUUUUUUUCUGCAGUGGUAUAGAUGUUUGCGGCAUCCAAUACCACAGUAGAUUCCUUCCAAGCUGUAGCUUUACAAAUGUCCAGUCAAACUGCAUAGAUUUUGUUUGUUGAUAAGUUGAUUUCUGCUAUUUUCUCCCUAUCUGAUGCUCACAUAUUGUGCAAGCCAAAAAUAUAAUAAUAAAAUAAUAAUAAUAAUAAAGUAGGGAGGGGAUUGCUUUAAUUCUGAAUGCCCUGAUGAUGCAUUUUGGUGCCAUUAACCAACCUGAUGAACACACACAAGCCUUGAUAUUCUCAAAGAGGACACUGAUUCCCAGGGUCACAGUUUGUUGCUUGCAUGCCAAGUUACCAUGCACUGCUGGUUUCAGCAAAUGACAGAGCAGAUAUUGGCCUUAGUGACAGGCAGAUCUCCCAGGCUUGCUUUUGAUUCUCCAAAAUGAUCUAAAUCUAGUUUAAUUUAGAUGAGGCCUGAAGUUUUACACUCAGGACCCUUAAGGUCUUGUUGCCCUCCCAAUAUCAUCAGGAGUGUGAUAAAGCUUGGAAGGCUCACUUUCUCCAUCCCCCUUGCAAACCUUCUUGUUGUCCCUUUCUCUUUCCCCAAAAAUGUACCUGGUGAUGGUGAUUGCCUUAAUUAUGUAGCAGCACUAUUGCAUGCCCAGGGGUUUUAGGACUGGAAAACUAUCGUUCCUAGGAAUUGUAGCACCCAGGAUGCUUCUGUGAGCAUGCUCAGCUGUAUCAGAGGAACCAUGGUGCCUAGAAAUUGUAGGUUCCCCAGUUCCUCUAGUUUCCAGUGUGCACAAUUCUCUGUUGCAGUAACAUUUCUUGUCAUUGCCUGUUUCUGCAGUAAAGGUAAAGAGGAGACUGUAGUGGUAUGAGGGCUGGUGCUGGAGCCAAGAUAAUUAUAAGCUAAGUCUGAACCCUGGAGAGACUUGGGCUUGGCUUGCAGGUUGCUUGGGAGUUUUGAACUGAGGAAGUUCAUACUCUGUCUCCAAUUCCAAACUUCAUCUUUAUCGCUAUUACGGCUUGCUAAGGCUACCACCUUCUGAUCAGAAGAGGGCUUGUUAGACAUGUUGAAGGAAGAUGUUUUACAGGUUCAGCACCUGCUGAAAGGAGAUUCUCUGCCUUCUGAAUUUCUCCAUGCCACAAAACCAGGGCUGUGGAGUCGGUACGCCAGACCUUCGACUUCUCCGACUCCUCUAUUUUUCUACUGUCCGACUCCGACUCCUUCAUAAAUGGCAAAUGUAUAUUAACUAGUAAUAACAAAUUUACUGUAGUAAA